AUGAUCAAAUCCCUCCUCCUCACGGCCGCCGUGGCCGCCAUCACAUCCGCCAUCCCGCUGAGCGAACAGCUCUUUGGGCGAUCCAUCGACCUGGGCGGCAAGCUCGAGACGCGUCAACAGGGCUCGGCGCAGGGCUACGGAUUCCACAGCCACUACUUCUACUCCUUCUGGUCGGACAACUCCCGUGGCAGCGUGACGUACACGAACCUGCAGAACGGCUCCUACACCAGCAAGUGGACCAACAUCGGCAACUGGGUCGGGGGCAAGGGGUGGAACCCCGGCGGUGCGAAGUCCAUCGCCUACAACGGCACCUGGAACGCCGCUAACCAGAACUCGUAUCUGGCCCUCUAUGGGUGGACCAAGGAUCCGCUGAUCGAGUACUACAUCGUCGAGAGCUAUGGGUCGUACAACCCCAGCAGCGGGGCCCAGAAGCGCGGAACUAUCCAGAGUGACGGCGGAACUUAUGAUAUCUACCAGACUCAGCGGGUUAACCAGCCGUCGAUUAUAGGUCGAGCAACCUUCUAUCAGUUUUGGUCGGUGCGCACGCAGAAGCGCGUUGGCGGCAACAUCACCACGGGAAACCAUUUUGAUGCUUGGACCAAGAAUGGUUUGAAGCUAGGGAACCACAAUUAUAUGAUUAUGGCUACCGAGGGUUAUCAGAGCAGCGGGUCGUCUGCCAUUACGGUUCGUGAGAUUGGAAAGGACGAGGCCCCCUACCCGGAUGAGCCGGACUCGAGGUACGACAAUAACUGA